AUGGCUAAGACAGCUUCUACAUUUGUUCACCCCAUCAUCUUCCUUGUUAUGUUUGCCUUGGUUAAGCAGAAUGUGGGAUGCACAGCAAGUAUGGGACCAUGUGAAAAAGGUAAAAGCUGUACUACCAAAUGCAAGGUUACGAUUGGACAAAUAGCUAAUGGCUACUGUGACCGCAGCACUUGUGGACUUGGAGAGUGUGUUUGUGUCUAUCCUUGUCCACCUCCUAAGACCCAUUUGUGAUUUGUACUUCGAAAUAUUUCACUUCUUCAAAACGUAUAAGCUGGAAUCUAAAAGUUUAAAGCUCAAUGUU